GUGGUUUGUAGUUUGUAUCGAGGGGGGACGACGGAGCGGGACAAAUAUACUCCCGUACUGCGUUGCAAUUUUUAGUGAAUAUCGCUGCUUUUUUGUUGCCGGAAAUGUCGGCUCGUACGUGGAACGGUUCUUACUCUGAGUCCACCCACCCUCCCCGCCCUUCCCGCCGCUUCUACCAACCCCCCCAAACUCGGAAUCCCGUCUCCGAUGCCUUCUAUGACAACGCCGAGCGCUUCGGCCGUUCCACACGCGGCGGAGGCUCCCGUGGGAGGGGAGGCCGCGGUGGAGGAAGAGGACGUGGGCUGGGCCGUCCGAUGAACCGGGUUUUCAACGAUCGUUCUGACCCGGACCCUUUUUGGGACGCGGAUGAUCUGGGAGAGGAGGAACCGGCUGAGCCCAACGCGAAAGCGUACGACGACGUUCCCGUGGAGGCUACCGGGAAGGAUGUCCCGGAACCGGUGACUUCCUUCUCUGAUCUCGACAUCUCCGAGGCCCUCCGCCUGAACAUCACCAGAUGCAAGUACGCAAAGCCGACGCCAAUACAGAGGUACGCCAUUCCGGUGGCCAUGACCGGGAGGGACGUUAUGGCCUGCGCUCAAACUGGCUCCGGCAAGACGGCCGCCUUUUGCUUCCCCAUUAUCAACGGUAUUCUCACAAACCCGCACUCUCGGAGCCCUAACGGCGCCUUUGACGGCAGAAGAGGGUACCCGAAUUCCAGAGCCGCUUCUCCACUGGCUCUCAUUCUGGCUCCAACCAGAGAGCUUUCUUGCCAGAUACACGAAGAGGCAAAUAAGUUUUCUCGUGAGACAGGGUUGAAAAUUGUGGUUGCCUAUGGAGGGGCCCCAAUGUCUCAGCAGUUGCGAAACCUUGAAAGAGGAGUAGACAUCUUGGUUGCUACACCGGGACGGUUGGUUGACAUGAUGGAGAGAUCAAGAGUUUCAUUGAGAGGAGUUAAGUAUCUGGCCUUGGAUGAAGCUGACCGGAUGCUGGACAUGGGAUUUGAGCGCCAAGUUAGAACCAUUCUUGAGGAUAUGCCUCCACCUGGGAAGAGGCAGACCAUGCUCUUCAGUGCCACUUUCCCUGCUGAGAUUCAGGGCCUAGCAUCUGAGUUCCUAUCAAAUUACAUUUUCUUAUCUGCUGGAAAGGUAGGGUCUAGCACUGAUCGGAUCGAUCAAAAGGUGGAGUUAGUAGAGGAUCCGGGGAAGAGAGAUUUCUUGAGGAAGCUUCUUCAGGAGCAAGCUGCAAAUAAGAGUGAUGGAAAGAGAUUAACACUGGUGUUUGUGGAGACCAAAAGAGGAGCUGAUGCUUUAGAACACUGGCUGAUGAGAAUGGGCUUCAAAGCUGUGGCCAUUCAUGGUGAUAAAGAACAGAUGGAACGCGAGAGAGCUCUCAAAUCAUUCAAAUGCGGGCGCACGCCAAUUUUGGUGGCAACAGAUGUGGCUUCGCGUGGGCUGGACAUUCCGAACGUUUCCCACGUGAUCAAUUUCGACUUGCCAAGGAACAUAGAGCACUAUGUCCACAGGAUAGGGAGGACGGGUCGUGCUGGCAAAUCCGGUCUGGCAACUGCAUUCUUCACUGCCAAGAAUGCUCCCAUUGCAAAGGAUCUUGUUGACUUGAUGAAGGGAGCCAAUCAAGAGAUACCACCAUGGCUUAAUGGAUACGCAGAGGAGAGCCCGUACGGCGGUGAUGGUCACUACAGAAGGUCAAAUGGGUACCGCAACAACAACUAUUCUGGCGGCGGUGGUGGUGGUUAUGGUGGUGGUGGCUACGGAAAUGGAGGUGGAGGAGCUGCUCCUUCUUACUAUGACGACUACCCUGCUGCCGCUAACGGUGGCAGUGAUAACAACUUCACCUAUGGAGCUUCUUUUGAUGGUGGGUAUUAUCCUCCUCCUCCUCCUCCAGCUGCUGAAAACUAUGGCUUUGAGCAGCUAUCCAUUGGUACAGAUGAUUGGGCUUAAACUCCUCUCACCCUCUUGUUUUUAUCUAAAUCUAAAUUAAUAUGACCCUAUUUAUAUAUAUAUAUAUGAUGGGUGGGUAUAGUCAUAGACGGCAAGCAACAAUGGCCUCGGCUCACUCUAUCUAUCAUCUCUUUGGGUGUGGUUGGAAUGAAUGAAUGCCCAUUUACGCUUUUGUUGCAAGUAUUGCUCUUUUGUAAUUGGCAGCUUCUCAACUGUGCUGUUAUGUGGAGGAGUUCUAGCCUCUUUUUUGGGUAACCUAAUUAAUUGAUGCAAAUGCC